AUGGUAAUUACUACACGAGGUGGUAGGGUAUUACCAGACCCUUUUGUGGGAAAAGCUAUUAUUGAAGAGGCGAUCAAAGAAGAUAUUGAUCUUGAAGAAAGUAACCCUGUGGAGUCUCAAUGUAGGAUGAAAUUUAUGUUCCAUCUAAUCAUCAGUUGGUUAAUGGAUUGGAAAAAAGGGAAAGACAAGGAAAAGAAAGCAGUGGCGACUUCUCUACCAAACCCACCUCCGCCAUUUCUCCAUCGAUUAAAGAAGAAGGUCGAUGACAUAAAGUUUGGCAAAUUUAUGGCCAUGCUUAAUCAAUUGAUAAUCAAUUUGCCAUUAGUGGAGGCAUUGGAACAAAUGCCUGGGUAUGCAAAGUUCACAAAAGACCUUAUCAUGAAGAAGUGGACGAUUAACUAUGAGCUGAUGGACAAUCUCCAUCAUUAUGGUGCUAUUUCCAGAAGGUCUGUUAAGCGGCCCAUGGGGAUUCUAUAUGAUGUAUUAGUAAAGGUGGCCAGUUUGAUAGUUAUGGCUGAUUUUGUCAUUCUUGAUUGCGAGGUGGAUUUCGAGAAGCCCAUAUUCUUAGGUCAACCUUUCCUUGCAACCGAGAGUGUACUUAUUGAUUUAAGGGCAAAUGAGUUAUAG